AUGGAGCUUCCGUGGUCGCUGUUACUCUCUGCCCUUGUGCUGUUGCUGUUCGCCUAUCUCUAUCAUGUGAACCGAGCAAUAUCAACUCUUCCAGAAGAAGCCGAGAAGCUGGCCGGCAGACCAUGGACGGAAGAAGUGGCUCAAGCCGCGUACGAGAAGUGCCGCAGAGACAGGCCGGAUUUCCUGAAGUAUCUUCCACCAAAGCAAAACAGAAGAUAUGUCGUGUUUGGCGGAUCAGGUCUUGUUGGCGGCUGGAUCGUCGAGCACCUGCUCAUGCGAGGAGAAAGCCCUUCAGCAAUACGCAUCGCAGACCUCCAAGCCCCUCGACGGGAACAAGCAGUCAAGCAACACGUGCCAUACUUCAAGGCCGAUGUCACAGAUCCGGCCUCUGUGUCCAAGGUCUUCACCACUUCCUGGCCGGCGGAAUGUGCCCAGUUGCCCCUAACGGUCUUCCACACCGUAGCUUACAUCCAUGCCGGCUACCGCAAGGCAGACUUCCUUGGCAAGUAUAUGAUGGUCAACGUCGAUGGCACGCAGAACGUCCUCGAGGCAGCGAAGGCGGCAGGUUGUGACGUCUUUAUCGCAACCUCCUCUUGCAGCGUGGCUAUUAAGCCCGUCGAUUUCUUCAUUUUCCCUUGGGAGAAGCAUCCGAGGAACUUUGUGCAGUUGUCGGACAAUGGUGAACCGCCACCGCUGAAAUCGGAGAACUUUGCCGGUUGCUAUGCAUACACAAAGGCGUUGGCAGAGAAACUGGUGAGGGACGCCGACAGCAAGAAAGACUCGUUCAGAACCGGCGCCAUCAGACCCGGGCAUGCCAUCUACGGCCAUGGGGACAGCAACCAGAAUAGUAUUGUCUGGGACUAUCUUCGCCGUGGAGGACUGCAGACAUGGCUGACCCCUUUCGUCCUGCAAUUCGUCUCUGCACAGAACGUCUCCCUCGCCCACCUGCUCUACGAAGCACGCCUUGUCUCAGGCCACGACAUCGGCGGCAACGCCUACGCGGUAUGCGACCCAGGUCCGCCGUUCCGCUACGGUGACCUGUACCAACUGGCCACGACACUCGCACACCCGAGCACGCCCAUGAAAUGGCCCAAAGUCCCGCCUCUCCCGGUCAUCUUCGCGUCCUAUCUUAUUGAAGGAUACAUGCUCCUCCGACACCGCUACAUCCGCUUCUUACCCGAGAUCACCAACUUUGACCUCUCAAUGCUGCAGCGCGCCGUGUUCAAUUACUCCACCCUCGUCAUCAUCUACGACGACUCCCGCGCUAGGAGAGAGCUGGGAUACAACCCGGGCCACGAUACGCUGGAGGGUGUGUGCUUGCACAUGAUCGAGUGGAACGAAAAGGUGGAGGCCAGUCUGAAGGCGAAAGGUGAGGUGGAGGACAAGGCGACCGUCCUGGAGAAGACCGUGCCGGUAGUACCCAAGCGUGUCACGGCGUGA